AUGGGCCUACCUCCAGACGAGCACCUCCCUGAGGUGGUGCCCGACACGUCGCCGCAGGCCAUCUCUUACGUCGAGGAACAGUACAAGCAGCGCCAAUACGACGACCGCGACAAGUACCCAGUGCUCUACGACGAUGCGCCCAAGAUCCCGAGCGGCAUGGCAUACGCCCAGGGGCAGCAAUACCCCGCCAUGGCCGAGACAAGCCCCGGCGGCUCACUGCCGUGGGAGCCGCUCUCCGCGAUUGAGGAGACUCAGGCCGGCCAUGCCGGGGGCGCCACCGGCGGUGGCGGCGGUGGCCAUGCCGGGGUCGGGGGAGUCGGCGCCGUAGACGGCGGCGAGCCCGAGAGGCCCGUGGACGAGCGCAGGAUAUGCGGACUGCGGCGCAAGAUCUUUUUCAUCGUCCUCAUCGUGGCCCUCGUGGUCCUUGCCGUAGCCAUUGGCGGCGGCGUCGGGGGUGGCGUCUCCGCGGCGCGGUCUCGCAAGAACUCCGAUUCGGGUUCAAGCAGCUCGGUUGCGCCAACUUCAACCACCGAGCCAUCAUCGAUCUCCUCCUCCGCCACCAGUACCGGCACCAGCUCCUCGGCCAGGGCAAGCCCGACCUUCCUCAACAACGAGACCACCACCGACGACUUCGCCUUCCAGGGUUUCUCGGAAUUCGGCUACCAGGGCAAGGCCACAAAGGUCAUCAACCAGGAGGGCUUCCACAACCUUGGCCUGGACUGCAACAGCUACGUCUGGCUGCCCAACAAAACCAACUGCUGUGUCACCUUCUGCGCCGACGAGUUCAACGCCACGGGAUACCGGUGCGAGUCCCGGAAGCGCGAGAAGGCGUCCGGCCCCUUCCCCAGGAUCUACAUCUGGUGCAACGAGGAUAUAAAGACGACGACCGCUAAUGUGACAUGUUCUUGA